CUGACUUCAGGCAGUCUGUGGAUUGGAAGGAGCCCUACCCAUUGGAGCCUUUCUCUUUAAGACAAAAACAACAGACAACUGCAACAUGCCCUCCAUGUUUGAGAGAACUACCAAGAAAUUGGUCAAAGAGAUCGGAGACCAGGAGCUCAGACCUGUCAAAUGCUUGCUGAGUGCCACUAAGAUACGCCGAUUUUCUCUAAUACGGGGGAAGAAGGCUCGCUCUCAGUUUUGGCAACUGCCCGAUGUCCCACUUGAGGUCUCCCUCAUGCACAUCCUCGAACCAGGUUCUUCGGUCCCAGAUGCUCCUGUGAAAGUGCCUGCCGACUUCAGUGACUCCAUGGUCAGGAAGCAGCAGGCGACUGGGAACGUGAAUGCUGGGGCAGAAGCGGGCUUCUCGGAGGAGACGACUGUGUGCCGAGGGUCCUCCCUGGAGUACCAGAUUGUUAGCACCCCACACGAAACCUGGAAGGAGCUUCAGAAGAGGAAACUGCCGGACCCAGAGCCGGCCUUCCUGAAGCAAUGCCGGGAAGCAGGGGUGAACCUGUAUGUUGUGACCGACACCGUGGAGCUGCUCAACAGCCCUGUGCUGCAGGAUUUUAGGAGCAAGAAGAUCUCGGGAAAAUUCUCCACCCCUCAGGAUAUUUGGUUCCAGGGUGAAGGACAGGGAGGGGGUCUCAAAGUGAGACAGAAGAGGCUGACUGUGCCGAAGGGCUCAGUGCUGGCCUAUAAGAGGAAGCAGCUGGUUUUCUACAGUGGAGAAUGGGGCAUUUUUCACAUCACAGAUGAUGUUGAUGAUGACGAUGAUGAUGAUGAUGAUGAUUUUACCUAUUUAGCAGGUCGACUACCAUUGACAAAGGUAUUCCGGCCCGCCCCGAGGUCAGAUUUCAAGAAGCUAAAAAAGGAGGUUUCCCAGAAGGUGAAAGCGGCCGAGCUCUCGAAGGGCAGGCGGGGUGUUGUGUUCUCCAACCUCCUGGCCAUGCUUGGGCACCGCGAGGCUCUUCAGGACCUCAUGGACACGCUUGAACUGGAACCCUUCGGGCAUUUGGAGGGCCCUGGUGGCGCCAUCCUAACUGAACUGCGAAAGGACUCCCGCUAUCCAGAGGUUGACUCAAAGUUCCUCCUCCUUUACCUGCUUGAAGCCUUAAUGGUGCUGAGUGACAGCCAGCUUGAUCUGCUGGCUCAGUCCAUGGAGAAGAGGAUCCUCCUUCCGCAGAGGGACCUGGUGAGGAGCAUCCUGGAGCCUAACUUCAACUGCUUCGAGAACAUUCCCUUUACUUUCCAGCCCAAGCUCCUUGCCCCACUCCAGGGGGAGGGCUUGGUCAUUACCUAUGAGCUGCUGGAUGAGUGUGGCCUGAAGAUGGAGCUGAACAGCCCCAGGUUAACCUGGACCCCGAAAGCCAAGGAGCCCCUGUCUGCCCUCUAUGGGACCCUCUCCGUGCUGACGCAGCUGGCUGAGGCCUGAGCCCUCCUGGGGGGCAGGCCAGGGCGUCAGUCCAGUGAGGCUAGUCAGUCCUGGUCCUGCCCUUUGCUGCAAACACCCCCAGGCUGUUCUCUGUAUCCGUGAGUCUGUAUCUAUUCCACAUAUAAGGGG